GGUGUGCCUGCGGCGUAGUGAUACCACCGAGCAUCGUACGGUUAACAGGAGUCCUCCAUUGCUGUUCCGAGUGCGUUUCCCGUCGGCCGGAUAUAACGACUAAAAAAAAGAAAAAAAAACUGGCGAUCAGUUUCGAUUAUUUUUCUUCAUUUAAUUUGCGCUUUCACCGACGUUUGCCGAUCAAAAACUCAACGGGUUUUUCAUGGCUCUCGGUUUCUAAUAUUGUCGGCUGAAAUAUUAUUAACAACUGCUCAACUGCUUUGAGAAAACGAACUAUACAAAGACUUUUUGGGAGAGUAUUUUGCUCGUCAAUUCGGUGAACAAGAGAGAGAGUUUUCUCGGAAUUAUUUUUUCGGUGGAUUUAAAGUGGUAAACUCGAUCCAGGGUCCUACCUGAUCAGCACCUCAACGCCCCACCGCAGCUUCGAAAGAAAGAGAGAAAACGACUCGUCGGUUUCCAGUAGGAGAAUAACUAUUGUAAAGCCAACAUGGCUGACCAACUCACGGAGGAACAAAUUGCCGAGUUUAAAGAAGCAUUUUCGCUUUUUGAUAAAGACGGUGAUGGCACCAUCACUACCAAAGAAUUGGGAACUGUCAUGCGUUCACUUGGUCAAAAUCCAACAGAGGCUGAGCUACAGGAUAUGAUUAAUGAAGUAGAUGCUGAUGGUAAUGGGACCAUCGAUUUUCCUGAAUUCUUGACGAUGAUGGCACGUAAAAUGAAGGAUACCGACAGUGAGGAGGAAAUCAGAGAGGCAUUUAGGGUGUUUGAUAAAGAUGGCAAUGGUUUUAUAUCAGCAGCAGAGCUCAGACACGUUAUGACAAAUUUGGGAGAGAAAUUAACCGAUGAGGAGGUAGAUGAGAUGAUUCGAGAGGCUGAUAUCGAUGGUGAUGGCCAAGUUAAUUACGAAGAAUUCGUCACAAUGAUGACAUCAAAGUGAAUACAACCCCUGUGCUGGGAAAACUCGCGACUUGGAGUGGUGUUGACGUACUAAAAAAAUUCAAAUAAACAACAACAACAAAAAAAAAGUGGAUUUAAAAAAUCAACCUUGUACCAGGAUGUAAAGAAGUCUUAAAAAAGAAACAGAAAAAACAAUUGAGAGCCCUUAUUACUUAUCAAGAGGACAGCAGACCUGGUGAUAUUUAAUUAUUCGUUUUUCUUUUUUUUUAUUAAAACCAAUUAUUUCAUAUUUUUUUGUCUUCAAUAUUUAUCAUCAAUAAAUCUUAGGGACAGAGGCUUUUUUAAAUUUUUUUUUCUCUCAGACUCUCAAUCUAUCUCUCUCUCACACACACAACACACUUUCUAAGUGUUUAAUUGCGUUAUCAUCGUUUAUGCUGUUCCCUUGAAUGAUGAAAGAAAAAACCAAACAAAGCAAAAAGAUCAGAGAAUACAAUGUGUGUUUGCCACGUUUGCAUAAUGUACGAACACCAAUCGGUGAGUGAAAAAAAACAUAAUAAUGAAGCAAAAAACAUCACUGACGAAAACAAAUUAUUAAUAUUAUGAAGAAAAUUCAAGGUGUAUGCACGGAAAACUCGCGCUUAAUCGAAGAAAAAGGAAAAUAACCCUCCAUCUUUUACGUGAUAAAUUAAAUAAUAAUUUCCAUUUGUUUCUAUCCUCCCUCCCCCUUUUGCUUCCAUCAGCCUCAGAGAAUCCCUUCAAUCAAUUAUUCUAUCCUCUUUAAUAAUAUGAAACUCUUCAUGCGCUUUUAAAUGAACAAAAAAAAUGAAAUAACAGAAAGUAUGAUUCGAAUAAGCUUUCCGUGAAUAAAGUUUGAUGCACCUUUUCCAGAAGAGGAAAACCACGUAAUAAAGAAAUAAAAAUAAUGAAAGAAAAUAAAAGUUCGUUGCUAAAUUUAAUGUUAGUUAAAGAAUAAAAAAAGAAGAAAAUACCACGAAGUCGUCAUUGGCUGUGGGUUCAUCAAAUUUUGUUCCAAGUGUACAUUUUUUUAAGGAAACAAAAAUAUAUGUGUAAACUAAAUUAAAACUAGAAAAAAAUGAUUAACACGAGAACAGACACAUUAUACACAUACACUCAUACAUAAAUACACUGCUCAACACACACCCCUUCUUUUAAAAUUAAUGAAAAGAAACCUAUAAUUAAAAACCAAAACCAAUUAUUAAAAAAUAAAAAUAAAUACUUUAUGCUCAUUGUUACAUGUAUCGAGAGAGCACUGUGCUCCAUCCUCCAUUAAUUACAAGUUUAAACUUACACUUGUAUUACAUUAUAAAAAAAACCACACAUACAAGAAAAAAAAAGAAAUUAUUAAAAAAUACAUGAAUAUCGAUAUAAAUCAUUAAGAAUUUCAAUUAAAUUCCAAGAUGUGAGGUGAAAGAAAAAUUCCGUUUUAGAAGGAGCCAUAGCUUGUGUUUUCGUAGUUGAAAAGUGAAGUAACAAAUGGAAAAAAUGACAAAAAAAUUGUGUCUACUUAAGUGGGUUUAUUAAUGUCUUGAAACCGCGUUGGGAUCCCCCUACCCCCCUCAAUGUCUCAUCACUAGUAAAUUAAAGCAUAAAAGAAAACAAAAAAAUUGUCUAGCAAGUCGUAUUUUAAUUUAUCUACGUAAUGCACAAGAAAAAUCUGUAAAAAAAGUUGAAAAAAAGCAUGGAAAAACCAAAAAACAUUAUGACAUUGUAGUGAUACCGUGAAGCCUUUAAACGAGGGACGUGAGACAUGCUCUUUCCUUAUUGUUUUUUUCGUUAAAUUAUUUCACCUCAAUUAAUGAUAAAAACAAUGCCAAUUUUCA